UUACUUCUACUCAAAGUAUCUAUUACGUAUUUAUUAUUGAUCUCUUGCCACGAUCCUUUUAUAACCCGAAUCAUGUCCCAAUUACUUUCAAUGUUUGGUUAGUUAACUUUAAUUGUUGCGCCGACUUGGGCUGAAAUCAUUGAACAGAAAGGAUCGAGCUGAAUAUCGAUGAUAGUUGGUAAUUGGAUUAGAGUUUUAAUUGGUAGAAUUCAAGUGGAAAGAACCUUGUCCUUUCUAUCAAAAUUCUGACGGGGAUUAUUUCGGGUAUGAGAGACUAACCUGUCCGUUCUGUUCGUCUUGUUUGAAAGGGAACUUACUCCAACGAGGGAGAAUCCCACGAGGUUUUCACGAAUUUAUUUUAGGGUUUUCUUAAUAGGAUUAAAAGGGAGGGUAGAAAAUGGGAGAAUAAAAGUAAGGGAUGAAUUUAAAUCUUAUUCUGAUACAACCGAACCACUUUAUAUCCAUAAGCAUAUAUCUUAACUUAUUUCAAAUACAAUUAAGUUGUGCCUAGAAACCUGAGGAAUGCAUGUAAAGUGUAAAUCAUACAUCCUUCACUAAAUUCAAGAAAAGUAAAAAAUGAAGAACAGAAAACGGUGUAAUUCAUGUAAACUUGGAUGUUAAGAUCAGAGGUUGUGGAUCUGCCCUUGCAUGUGUUUACCACCAUCCAAUAAAAAGACACGGCUGUGAGCAUAUUAUUGUGUUAAUUUGUAAGAAAAGGGACUGUCACACAUUACAUGGCUGUGUAACCGAGAAUGACAGAGAGAAGGAGUAGGCAGAAUCAAUUUUUUAUAUAAUAUAAGUACAGAUAAUAAUUUCUUUCAAAUACAGUAUAUAUGUUUUGGCUGUUAUGGCAGGCCACUCUAUCACAUAUAAUAUCAUGGCAUAUGUACCUUUAAAUUAUAUUACUUUGAUGAAAUAUAUGCAGUAUGCUGUGUUUCAUGUUAAACGCUUAUACUUAGCAAGAAUCCUUUUUCAAUCUACUGAUGAUCUUUUCUGAUACUGGUUAUGUCCUGAAAUCUGGUGUUACAAAUUUGUGUUCUGCGAUGCGCAAAUGGUGCUCCUUUUUACAGUCCUUGCUGGCCUGGCAUUCAUGUUUUCAGCUAGCAUUUUGCUACAGAUUCUGGCUUGUGCAAUAUACAGCAAUUGGUGGCCCAUGUUGUCAGCUCUUAUGUAUGUGCUGGUACCCAUGCCCUGUCUAUUUUUUGGAGGCGGGUCCACUCAAUUUCUGAUGAGCCGUGAUGGUGGGGGCUGGAUAGACGCCGCAAAAUUUUUGACAGGAGCAUCAGCUGUUGGAAGCAUAGCUAUUCCUUUAAUCCUUAAGCAUGCCCAAAUGAUUGAGACAGGAGCCAUGCUCAUUGAGCUUGUUUCUUUCUUUAUCUUCGUAUGUACCGUCCUGUGUUUCCAUCAAGCUAACCUGGAUGAUGAUUGGUAAAUAUCAAGUAUCGUAGUUGCACCCAGCUAACUAUCUAUAUGUGUUAAGAAAGAGAAGACAAGCUGUAAAGCUGUAAUCUGUAUCGUGGGGAUUCAGCAGCACAUGGGAAAAUGUAAUCUGUAAAGCUGUUUAACGAAUAUCUGAGACUGAGACGCACGUCGAUUCAGUCGGUGAUUCUUUUUUAUAUAUAUAAUAACUUUCUUUCAUGUUUUAUCACGUA